AUGUCUUCGGAAGAUGUCUACGAGGGAGCUGUUGGUAUCGAUCUCGGUACCACCUACUCCUGUGUCGGUGUCUACGGCAAUGACCGUGUCGAAAUCAUGGCCAACGACCAGGGAAACAGAACUACUCCUUCCUACGUUGCCUUCACUGAAGGAGAGCGAUUGAUCGGAGAUGCCGCGAAGAACCAGAGUGCCAUGAACCCGAGGAACACUGUAUUUGACGCCAAGCGAUUGAUUGGACGUCGUUUCGAUGACCCCGAUGUCAAGAAGGACAUGAAGCACUGGCCGUUUGCCCUCAUUGACAAAGACGGAUCUCCCUAUGUCGAGGUCGAUUACCUCGGCGAGCGAAAGAGCUUCUCUCCUCAGGAGAUCUCCGCCAUGGUCCUUACCAAGAUGAAGGAGAUCUCCGAGGCCAAGCUCGGAAAGACUGUCAAGAAGGCAGUCGUUACCGUCCCUGCCUAUUUCAACGAUUCUCAGCGUCUCGCCACCAAGGACGCCGGAGCCAUUGCCGGUCUUGAGGUCCUCCGAAUCAUCAACGAGCCCACUGCCGCUGCUAUCGCUUACGGACUUGACGAGAAGUCCAAGGAGGAGCGAAACGUUCUCAUCUUCGACUUGGGUGGUGGUACUUUCGAUGUGUCUCUCCUUUCCAUCCAGGGUAAGGUCUUCUCCGUCAAGGCCACUGCCGGAGACACCCAUCUCGGUGGUGAAGACUUCGACAACGCUUUGCUCGAGCACUUCAAGGCCGAGUUCAAGCGCAAGACUAAGCACGACAUCUCCGAGGACCCCCGUGCCAUCAGACGUCUCAAGUCUGCUUGUGAGCGAGCGAAGCGAACUCUCUCUUCGGUCACUCAGACCACUGUCGAGGUCGACUCCCUCUACCAGGGAACUGACUUCAACGCCAACAUCACCCGAGCCCGUUUCGAGGAAAUCAACGCCGUUGCCUUCAAGUCCACCAUUGAGCCCGUCGACAAGGUACUCAAGGACUCAAAGAUCCCUGCUGCGAAAGUCGACGACAUUGUCUUGGUCGGAGGAUCUACCCGUAUUCCCAAGAUCCAGUCCCUUGUCUCUGAAUACUUUGGUGGCCGUCAAUUGAACAAGUCUAUCAACCCCGAUGAAGCCGUUGCCUACGGAGCUGCUGUUCAAGCAGCCGUUCUUACCGGUCAGACUUCCAGCAAGACAGCCGACCUCCUCCUUCUUGAUGUUGCCCCCUUGUCCCUCGGUGUCGCCAUGCAAGGCGACAUUUUCGGAGUUGUCCUUCCCCGAAACACCCCUAUCCCUUCCAACAAGUCUCGAGUCUUCACCACCGUCGAGGACAACCAGACCACCGUCAUGUUCCCUGUCUACGAGGGAGAGCGAACCCAGUGCAAGGACAACAGGCUGCUUGGAGAGUUCGAGUUGUCUGGUAUCCCACCGAUGCCCCGUGGACAGGCCGAAUUGGUCUGCACAUUCGAGGUCGAUGCCAACGGUCUCUUGAAGGUCUCCGCUCAGGACCGUGCAUCUGGUCGAAAGGCUCAGAUCUCUAUCCAGAACUCGGUCGGCCGAUUGUCCGCCGAUGAGAUCCAGGCUAUGAUCAAGGACGCCGAGCAGUUCAAGAACGCCGACAAGGACUUCUCUGCCAAGCACGAGGCCAAGUCUGACCUCGAGUCCUACCUCCACACCACCGAACAAACCAUCUCUUCUCCUGAACUCGCUGCCAAGAUCAAGCGAGGAGCUCGUGGCGCCGUUGAGGCCGAGAUUGCCAAGGCUUUGGAGAAGCUUGAGCAGGAAGAUGCCACCGCAGAUGAGCUCAAGAAGGCUCAACUCGGAGUCAAGAGGGCAUUGCAAAAGGCCAUGGCUUCCGCCAGGUAA